AUGGCUCUUCCAGUCGUAGUCUUUAGUGAAGGUGAAGGUAAAGGUGAAGGUGAAGGUGAAGGUGAAGGUGAAGUUGAAGGUGAAGGUGAAGGUGAAGGUGAAGGUGAAGGUGAAGGUGAAGGUGAAGGUGAAGGUGAAGGUGAAGGUGAAGGUAAAGGUGAAGGUGAAGGUGAACGUGAACGUGAAGGUGAAGGUGAAGGUGAAGGUGAAGGUGAAGGUGAAGGUGAAGGUGAAGGUGAAGGUGAAGGUGAAGGUGAAGGUGAAGGUAAAGGUGAAGGUGAAGGUGAAGGUGAAGGUGAAGGUGAAGGUGAAGGUGAAGGUGAAGGUGAAGGUGAAGGUGAAGGUGAAGGUGAAGGUGAAGGUGAAGGUGAAGGUGAAGGUGAAGGUGAAGGUGAAGGUGAAGGUGAAGGUGAAGGUGAAGGUGAAGGUGAAGGUGAAGGUGAAGGUGAAGGUGAAGGUGAAGGUGAAGGUGAAGGUGAAGGUGAAGGUGAAGGUGAAGGUGAAGGUGAAGGUGAAGGUGAAGGUGAAGGUGAAGGUGAAGGUGAAGGUGAAGGUGAAGGUGAAGGUGAAGGUGAAGGUGAAAGUGAAGGUGAAGGUGAAGGUGAAGGUGAAGGUGAAGGUGAAGGUGAAGGUGAAGGUGAAGGUGAAGGUGAAGGUGAAGGUGAAGGUGAAGGUGAAGGUGAAGGUGAAGUUGAAGGUGAAGGUGAAGGUGAAGGUGAAGGUGAAGGUGAAGGUGAAGGUGAAGGUGAAGGUGAAGGUGAAGGUGAAGGUGAAGGUGAAGGUGAAGGUGAAGGUGAAGGUGAAGGUGAAGGUGAAGGUGAAGGUGAAGGUGAAGGUGAAGGUGAAGGUGAAGGUGAAGGUGAAGGUGAAGGUGAAGGUGAAGGUGAAGGUGAAGGUGAAGGUGAAGGUGAAGGUGAAGGUGAAGGUGAAGGUGAAGGUGAAGGUGAAGGUGAAGGUGAAGGUGAAGGUGAAGGUGAAGGUGAAGGUGAAGGUGAAGGUGAAGGUGAAGGUGAAGGUGAAGGUGAAGGUGAAGGUGAAGGUGAAGGUGAAGGUGAAGGUGAAGGUGAAGGUGAAGGUGAAGGUGAAGGUGAAGGUGAACGUGAAGUUGAAGGUGAAGGUGAAGGUGAAGGUGAAGGUGAAGGUGAAGGUGAAGGUGAAGGUGAAGGUGAAGGUGAAGGUGAAGGUGAAGGUGAAGGUGAAGGUGAAGGUGAAGGUGAAGGUGAAGGUGAAGGUGAAGGUGAAGGUGAAGGUGAAGGUGAAGGUGAAGGUGAAGGUGAAGGUGAAGGUGAAGGUGAAGGUGAAGGUGAAGGUGAAGGUGAAGGUGAAGGUGAAGGUGAAGGUGAAGGUGAAGGUGAAGGUGAAGGUGAAGGUGAAGGUGAAGGUGAAGGUGAAGGUGAAGGUGAAGGUGAAGGUGAAGGUGAAGGUGAAGGUGAAGGUGAAGGUGAAGGUGAAGUUAAAGGUGAACGUGAAGUUAAAGGUGAAUGUGAUAGUGAACGUGACGUGAAGGUGAAGGUGAAGCUGAAGGUGAAGGUGAAGGUGAAGUUAAAGGUGAACGUGAAGUUAAAGGUGAAUGUGAUAGUGAACGUGACUGAAAGUGAAGGUGAAGGUGAAGGUGAAGGUGAAGGUGAAGGUGAAGGUGAAGGUGAAGGUGAAGGUGAAGGUGAAGGUGAAGGUGAAGGUGAAGGUGAAGGUGAAGGUGAAGGUGAAGGUGAAGGUGAAGGUGAAGGUGAAGGUGAAGGUGAAGGUGAAGGUGAAGGUGAAGGUGAAGGUGAAGGUGAAGGUGAAGGUGAAGGUGAAGGUGAAGGUGAAGGUGAAGGUGAAGGUGAAGGUGAAGGUGAAGGUGAAGGUGAAGGUGAAGGUGAAGGUGAAGGUGAAGGUGAAGGUGAAGGUGAAGGUGAAGGUGAAGGUGAAGGUGAAGGUGAAGGUGAAGGUGAAGGUGAAGGUGAAGGUGAAGGUGAAGGUGAAGGUGAAGGUGAAGGUGAAGGUGAAGGUGAAGGUGAAGGUGAAGGUGAAGGUGAAGGUGAAGGUGAAGGUGAAGGUGAAGGUGAAGGUGAAGGUGAAGGUGAAGGUGAAGGUGAAGGUGAAGGUGAAGGUGAAGGUGAAGGUGAAGGUGAAGGUGAAGGUGAAGGUGAAGGUGAAGGUGAAGGUGAAGGUGAAGGUGAAGGUGAAGGUGAAGGUGAAGGUGAAGGUGAAGGUGAGGCGAAGAUAGAGAUAGAGAUAGAGAUAGAGAUAGAGAUAGAGAUAGAGAUAGAGAUAGAGAUAGAGAUAGAGAUAGAGAUAGAGAUAGAGAUAGAGAUAGAGAUAGAGAUAGAGAUAGAGAUAGAGAUAGAGAUAGAGAUAGAGAUAGAGAUAGAGAUAGAGAUAGAGAUAGAGAUAGAGAUAGAGAUAGAGAUAGAGAUAGAGAUAGAGAUAGAGAUAGAGAUAGAGAUAGAGAUAGAGAUAGAGAUAGAGAUAGAGAUAGAGAUAGAGAUAGAGAUAGAGAUAGAGAUAGAGAUAGAGAUAGAGAUAGAGAUAGAGAUAGAGAUAGAGAUAGAGAUAGAGAUAGAGAUAGAGAUAGAGAUAGAGAUAGAGAUAGAGAUAGAGAUAGAGAUCAAUUACAAUCUGGCAGUCCUUCAUUAG